UUAGACGAUCUCAUUAGAGCUUCACUUAGCAAAGUUACGCGAACAAUCGAAAAAUGAAGAUGAAGAUAUUCGUAAUUAUAUUUGCUGCCUUCGCGAUUAAAGCGCAGUGCCGCUCGCUCACGCUUUCAAAUGUGAGAGAAGCAGACGAGACAAUUUCCGUAAACUCGCCGGAGCAACUAAAAGAGCUAAUUGCAGCGUACGAGGUAAACUUUGGGAAACUUAUCAAUUAUGCCAUAAAAAUAAGUGAAAACAAGGACAGGUAUAAACAUGAGACACAAUUUUUAAAGCAGCUAAGCUCGAUUAUCGAACAACUUGUCCAAGAGCAAUCGAGAGUUAUGCACGACAAACUUAACAAUACAAACUCUAUGCCCUUGCAGGCAUUAAAUAACGUUAAUAAUAUAAAAGAUCUAAUCAAUUCUAUAAAAGAGAUUGAUACUGUCUAUCAGGAUGAAGAGAUUACCGACGAGCACGUCCGAAUCAAACGAGCGACUUUCGCAACAUCAGAAGAAUGGAUGACUAAUAUGCUGAUUGAUAUUCAACGUCAAGUGGUGCACAUUCGAAAAUAUUUAGACAAGUUAUGCAAAAAACAUCAUCCAACGUCAACAACCAUUUUAGAAGUAAAUUCCGAUGUUGAUAUUUCUCCUGUUGGUCAGCCAAAUAAAAUACCGAUUAUGUAAAACAAAUUUUUUUUGUAUACUCGAACGUUACGAAAAAUUUA